AGAUUUUACAAGUGAAUGUUACGUGGCUCCAAAGGAACUGUCAUGGCUUUCCAUCCUGGCCGUGGAUGUCCCAGAGGAAGACCCCCCCCAGGACUGCAUGGCUCUGCGCAGAGCUAUCGGCCACCAAACCUGCGACCACCCCCACCACAUCCCCCUGCACCUCCGUACCAUUAUGACCAGUCGGGCUCCAGCUUCUCCACUCAGGGGAGCAGUGGCUACAUGACAUCUCGUCCAGACUUCAUACCUUACCCGCUGCCGGUGCCAUCACAGGCGCCCGGUCCGCUGGGCCAGUGCCCAUUCCGCCCCCCCUUUCCUAACCCCCCAGUUCGACAGGGCUUCCCAGAGCCCCCAAACUUCCCUCCCCCACCUCUCCCAAACUCCUCUGUAUCCCCAAUGGCCAGCUCUACAGCCCCCACCCCAAACACCUACCCAUACAUGAUGCCCCCUGUGCCCCCACCCACCUUGCCCCACCCCCCAGCCCCUCCUCCCAUGCCCCCCCAGCCAAUGAACUACCAGCCCCCAUAUUCCAUGGGCUACACCCAGCCCCCUUUCCCUCCUCCCAGCUUCAGCCCCAGCUAUGGGCCGGGCUCCCGCUCCUUCAAGGAUGACCAGUUCCGGCACGCCGGUGCCCCCUAUGGGCCAGAGAAGCCGUCCGUGGAGCGUAGAUCCCCCGAUCGCGGCCGACGGCACGAUGAGCGUCGUCACAAGGGCUACGCCGGAUACGGUCUCCACGGCGACCGGCACAAGGCUGAGCACGGGGGCGAGCGGAAGGAGCGUCCCAGGAGCCCCGAGCGGCGUCGGCUAGAAGGCGGGCGCCAUCGCCCGGAGUAUGAGCGAGCUCGGACCCCCCCUCGGCACAGAAGCACAGAGCGUAGCAGGGAGAGGCAUCGCCACAGGGACAGCAGGAGGUCACCAUCCCUGGAGAAGCUGUACAGGAAGAGACUGCACAGUCGGUCCACCAGCCGGGACAGAAAGCGGCCCCGCUGGGAGGAGGAGCGAGAGCGGCGUUCGGAGGGCGGCCCGGCGUCCAGCAGGGAACGGAGCUACACCUCGUUGAAGAGCCAUGAUGCGGAGGACGGUGCCCCUGACAGGCCGGAAGAGGAGCGUGAGGAAGAGGAGCUGCUGAAGCCAGCCUGGAUCCGGUGUACCCAUGCCGAGAACUACUACUCCAACGACCCCAUGGACCAAGUGGGCGACUCUACCGUGGUGGGGACCAGUAAGCUGAGGGACCUAUACGAGCGCUUUGAGGAGGAGCUGGCCAGCCGGCAGGAGCGGGCCAAGGCGGCCCGGCCCGAGUGGCAGCCCCCCAAGACCAAGCUGGAUGACGACCUAGGCGAGAGCUCCAGCGAGUCUGAAUGUGAGUCUGAUGGCGGCAGCAGCUGCUCCAGUAGCUCCGACUCGGAGGUGUUUGACGUCAUCGCUGAGAUCAAGCGCAAGAAGGCCCACCCGGACCGGCUGCACGACGAGCUGUGGUACAACGACCCUGGUCAGAUGAAUGAUGGCCCCCUCUGCAAGUGUAGCGCUAAAGCUCGCCGGACCGGAAUCCGCCACAGCAUCUACCCUGGGGAGGAGCCCAUCAAGAUGUGUCGCCCAAUGAACAAUAACGCAGGCCGGCUCUUCCACUACAGAAUCACGGUCUCCCCGCCUACAAAUUUCCUGACGGACCGCCCGACCGUCAUCGAGUACGACGACCACGAGUACCUUUUUGAGGGAUUCUCCUUGUUCUCCCACACACCGCUGAGCAACAUCCCAUUGUGCCGGGUCAUCCGCUUUAACAUCGAUUACACCAUCCACUUCAUUGAGGAGAAGUCCCCCGAGAAUUACUGUGUCCGGGGGCUGGAGCUCUUCUCCUCAUACCUCUUCAAGGACCUGCUGGAACUGUACGACUGGAACCUCAAAGGCCCCGAGACGGAAGAUGAGGCCCCAGGAUGCCCAAAGUUUCACUUCAUGCCACGUUUUGUAAGACUGUUGCCCGAUGGGGGCAAGGAGGUGCUGUCUAUGCACCAGGUGCUGCUGUACCUGCUCCGGAGCAGCAAGCCUCUGGUACCCGAGGAGGAGAUCGCUAACAUGCUGCAGUGGGAGGAGCUAGAGUGGCAGAAGUACGCCGAGGAGUGCAAGGGCAUGAUCGUCACCAACCCGGGCAUGAAACCCAGCUCUGUGCGGAUCGACCAACUGGACCGGGAGCAGUUUAACCCUGACGUCAUCACCUUCCCCAUAAUCGUGCACUUCGGCAUCCGGCCUGCCCAGCUCAGCUACGCCGGGGACCCCCAGUACCAGAAGCUGUGGAAGAGCUAUGUGAAACUGCGCCACCUCCUGGCAAACAGCCCCAAGGUCAGGCAGGUGGACAAGCAGAAGCUCACCCAGAGGGAGGAAGCCCUCCAGAAGAUCCGACAGAAGAACAGCAUGCGGCGCGAAGUCACCGUGGAGCUGAGCAGUCAGGGGUUCUGGAAGACGGGCAUCCGCUCCGACGUGUGUCAGCACGCCAUGAUGCUGCCUGUCCUCACUCACCACAUCCGUUACCACCAGUGCCUCAUGCACCUGGACAAGCUGAUUGGCUACAUGUUCAAAGAGCGCUGUCUGCUUCAGCUGGCCAUGACUCACCCCAGCCACCACCUGAACUUCGGCAUGAACCCGGACCACGCCCGGAACUCGCUGUCCAACUGCGGCAUCCGGCAGCCCAAAUAUGGGGACCGCAAGGUGCAUCACAUGUACAUGAGGAAGAAAGGUAUUAACACUCUCAUCAACAUCAUGUCUCGUCUCGGCCAGGACGACCCCUCUCCUUCCAGGAUCAAUCACAACGAACGGCUGGAGUUCCUUGGCGAUGCUGUCGUUGAGUUCCUCACCAGUGUUCACCUGUACUACUUGUUCCCGAGCCUUGAGGAGGGGGGCCUCGCCACGUACCGGACUGCCAUCGUGCAGAACCAGCACCUUGCCAUGCUGGCCAAGAAGCUGGAGCUGGAUCGCUUCAUGCUGUACGCCCACGGGCCCGACCUGUGCCGGGAAUCGGACCUCCGGCACGCCAUGGCCAACUGCUUUGAGGCCCUCAUAGGCGCUGUCUACCUGGAAGGGGGGCUUGAAGAGGCCAAACUGCUGUUCGGCCGGUUACUCUUCAACGGAGAGGACCUCCGGGAGGUUUGGCUGAACUACCCUCCGCAUCCUCUGCAGGUCCAGGAGCCCAACACGGACCGCCAGCUGAUCGAGACAUCGCCAGUGUUGCAGAAGCUGACAGACUUCGAGCAGACCAUCGGCGUCAUCUUUACGCACGUGCGGCUGCUCGCUCGGGCCUUCACGCUGCGCACCGUCGGGUUCAACCACCUCACGCUGGGUCACAACCAGAGGAUGGAGUUCCUGGGCGAUUCCAUCAUGCAGCUGGUGGCCACAGAGUACCUCUUCAUCCACUUCCCCGACCACCACGAAGGCCACUUAACGCUCCUACGGAGCUCGCUGGUAAACAACCGCACACAGGCCAAGGUGGCCGAGGAGCUGGGCAUGCAGGAGUUUGCCAUCACCAAUGACAAGACCAAGCGGCCAGUGGCCCUAAGGACCAAGACGCUGGCUGACCUGCUGGAGUCCUUCAUCGCCGCCCUCUACAUCGACAAGGACCUGGAGUUCGUGCACACCUUUAUGAAUGUCUGCUUCUUCCCACGCUUAAAGGAAUUCAUCCUGAACCAGGACUGGAACGACCCGAAAUCACAGCUCCAGCAGUGCUGCCUCACCCUGCGCACUGAGGGCAAGGAGCCCGACAUCCCACUCUACAAGACACUGCAGACAGUGGGGCCCUCCCACGCGCGCACUUACACUGUGGCCGUCUACUUCAAGGGCGAGAGGAUCGGCUGCGGCAAAGGACCGAGCAUUCAGCAAGCGGAGAUGGGAGCUGCCAUGGAUGCGCUGGAGAAAUACAACUUCCCACAGAUGGCUCACCAGAAGCGCUUCAUCGAGCGGAAGUACCGGCAGGAGCUGAAGGAGAUGCGGCGAGAACGGGAGAGGCAGGAGAAGGAGGGCGAUGAGCUGGAGGGAAGCAGGAAGUGAUUAAGUCCCACUCAUUGGUUCUCCUCCUGCUCCGCCCACACCCAGCCUCUUGCUCCGCCCACAUCCCACCUGGAAAUCCCAUUCACCAAGUCACCACUCCUGUUUUAUGUUUUUAAUGUACACAUUUUUGGUAGCUUUGUUUUACCGUGAAAGUAAUAUUUUUAGUAUUUUAUUGCAUUAAUCAGUUAUGUGACUUUUUAUGUGACUGAGCCAAAAGUAAUAAACUGAUAUGACACCA